AUGUCCAGACCUAAUGGGGCCAGGAGGUCUGAUGUGUCUGUGUCCUCUACUUCCAGCCCCAAGGCCAUCCCCUGCCACGCCACAAAGACUAGCACCAAGGCAGAGUCCAGACAGGGGCAGAGCCCCUCCCUCAGUGGGGGCCCCAAACCAGGCCAGAAUGGAGCUACUGCUGGCUCAGGAUGGUCAGGCUCAGGGCUGGUGAGGCCACGGGCCAGCUCCAGCUCCCCUCCCAGCAGCUCUAGAGACAGCCUCUCCCAGUCCAGCGACAGCCUCAAGUCCCUCAUGCAGGAUAUUGAGCUGGCCAAGCCUCUGGCCAACACUCAGCUACAUCCACCCAGGACAAACCACAUCAAACCCUCCCAGAUGUUGAACGGGAGGCUGGGCCAUGGGAUGGGCCUCUGCCCGGGCACAGGGAUUGGGACGGGGCUGGGACUGCCCUCUGCUUUGGGCUAUAGACUGAUGCGGUCAGGCCAGACCAAGCAGCAGAAACCACUGUUUACAGGAAGGUUGACGGGGGAGGUCAGGGCUGGAGGAGUGGGGGGCGGGGAUACGGCAGAGUUACCCCCCCUCACCCUCACCCCAGAUCCCCUCAGUGACAGUAACAGGACCUCAGGGGGGCAGCUCAGGGGGACACGGGAGGGGCUAGAGGACAUGUCUCUUUCCUCAGCCUCAUCGCUCUCUCGAGGAGACACCAGCGAGGAGUUCUUGGAUGAUUUUGAUAACCUGACUGAUGGGGACAGGGAUGUCCCUGACAACAAGAAGAGAGGUAGUAUGCCUGUCUUGGGAGGCACCUACAAGGGUUUAGAGUCCCUGGGACGGAGCAUGCACCCAUGUGAGAGCUACGACUAUUCUGACCACCUCAACAACAUAGUGCGUCAACGCUUGGUUUGCCCCAAGGACAUUCUGAACAACCUGGACCACCUGGAGCCAGCUGACCUGGAGGAUGACGACCUCCUGCUGGAUGUGAACCUCCCUGAGGAAGGCUCUCUACACAAUGGCUGUGCCAGCCAAGCAGGAAGGGGAAAGGAAGAAGGAAGAAGGGAGAAGGGAAAGGGAGGCCCUGCUAUUUUAUCCAGCAGGCAGGCUCUAGCUCCAAUGACAGGAGAGGCCCAGUGGUCUCUUCCCUCCCUCCCCAAGCUGGUGACACCCAGCCUGGCCACGAACACAGCCACCCCAGCCUCUCCCUCCCUCUCUGGCCCCAAAUCCUUUCUCAGAAAACAAGACGCUAACGGGAUGUCCCAUUUUGAACGCUCAGAGAGGGGGGGACGACAAGGUCACUGGAGGAGAAGGCAGCAUCACUGGAAUGGACCGGAUCACUUCCACAAUGACACCAGGGAUCCAGUGUUCCAGCAGUAUGAUGGUUAUGCUGGCCCUGUGGGGUUCAGGGUAGGCCACCGGCCCUUUCCUCCCGUAGGGAGACACAAUGGACACACGAGGGCGCUGGACGAGCUCACACUCAAACAUAUGGCCCAGGACUGCAGCUCAGUGAAAAACCAGCUGCUUACACUCAAGAGUUUAUUACAGAUGGAGGACGGUGGCCCAGAGGUUGUUGAGGGCGGUGAAGAGGAUAACAGCAUGACCCUACAGUUGGAGGAGCUAAUGAAGGAGGUGUGGAAGCUCAGGGAGGAGCUGAGGAAUAAGGAGAGAUCAAUCGCUCAGCUCACACUACAGCAACAGCAGCUACAGCAACAGGGGCCUGCUCAUGCUGCCCAGUCCGGGAGGGCUCACUGCCACCAGAGGACACAGUCACUCGGGGGGGACAGACGAACUCACCACGACAAAGCCACACAGACCUCUUGGAGAGGACAAGGACACAGCCAAGCGCCACAAAUACAGCCUUCCAGCCCCAGCCACCACGAGCACCUCACCCAAGAAAGACUAGUAAAAACAGCCCACACCGAGGGCCACAGUGACCCCCAGAGAGGGAGGAGGACCAGGGAAGAUGGAUCCCACUGCACAGACUCUGACCCACCCACUGGAAGUCCGGCCAUGGGUGUGGACACUCCACCAGUGCCUGACCCAGAUGAAUUGAGUGUGCUGCUUAGCACCCAGCUCAACAAACAUAUCAGAGAGUGGCCUGGAACCACCCCCAGUCCCACCCAGGGGCUUGCUGCAGCCAGCAGCCCAACCCCAGGAGCUCUGUCCAGGCCAGAGGGAGGGCAGCGAGCCUCUCCAUUGGGGCCACAGGGCCCUGGCUGCCCUCGCAUCCUGCAGCCGCCACGCCUCCACAAGCGUGUGUCCAUCCCGGCUUUGCCUCAGGGGGGCACUAAUGUCUCUCUUCUUCGAUCUGAGUCUUCAGCGCUGCUGGCCAACCACAGGACCAAGCAGCUGCCGCCUCCCUCCAGGGGCCUGCCCUGCUUCAAUUCUGGUCCCCAGGCGGUGAGCCUGUCUCUGGACCACGGGGUGCUCGCUAAGCCCCGCGCUCUGGGGGUCAGGAGGGACCUUGGGAGAACAAGCCCUCCUAGCCCUAAUCUGGAAAUGCCAGACCUGGGACUGAUCAGAGCCAGAGUCCUGGUUCCCCCCAGCCUCUCACGCAUCCCAAUGCCAAAGAUCCACUGAAGUGUUCACACAUCAAACAUGACGUGUUAUAUACUGUAUAACAUCCCUCCUCUUCCACCUCCUCACGGUUCCUGCUCACCAUGUGUGUGUCCAUAUGUGCGCGUGCCCACAGCUCCUUAUGGACAUUCAGGAACUGCCCUUAACUACUGUUUGAACUUCUGCUGAACUGAACAGAAUAUGUAGCAUAUUCCUGUCUUAAAAUUUACAAAGUGCAAAGGUACAGUGCACAUCUAUUCAAAAUGGCACCUACAGGUUAUGACUGAGAUACACUGAAGGACUGUUUUAUCCUUUAUAAAAUGUCCAGUCACUUGCUAAACAGCCUUUUAUUGCACAUUGUCUUAUGCAGAAAAAGAAUGACUAACAUUUAUAGUUUCUCUUUGCUAAUCUCUCACAUGUACUGUACAUGUUUUUUUUUAAAGAAUGUUCCACUCAACUCUACUCAAACUCACAUGGGUCCUUCCAUUGAAACAGCAGCACAUGGUUUGACUACAGGCUUACAUGACCUCAGAAAUGUUCAAUUCCUCCCAGAGCAUAAAAAAUGACUGAAAGAAAAAAAGCAGAUUGUGGAAAGAAAUAAGGAGUGGACUUUUCUGCUUAAACAGGGAAUGGGUUUAAAGAACAAUCGUUCACUAGAAAGUUUAAAGUAUUUCCUCUAGAGCAUGUCCUUCCACUAAACUCCCUGGUGUACCUCUUUCAGACCAAGUGACAAGUACCACUAAUCUCCCUGAUGUACCUCUUUCAGACCAAGUGACAAGUACCACUAAUCUCCCUGAUGUACCUCUUUCAGACCAAGUGACAGGUACUACUAAACUCCCUGAUGUACCUAUUUCAGACCAAGUGACAAGUACCACUAAUCUCCCUGAUGUACCUCUUUCAGACCAAGUGACAGGUACUACUAAACUCCCUGAUGUACCUAUUUCAGACCAAGUGACAAGUACCACUAAUCUCCCUGAUGUACCUCUUUCAGACCAAGUGACAAGUACCACUAAUCUCCCUGAUGUACCUCUUUCAGAACAAGUGACAGGCACCACUAAACUCCCUGGUGUACCUCUUUCAGACCAAGUGACAAGUACCACUAAACUCCCUGAUGUACCUCUUUCAGACCAAGUGACAGGUACUACUAAACUCCCUGAUGUACCUCUUUCAGACCAAGUGACAGGCACUACUAAACUCCCUGAUGUACCUCUUUCAGACCAAGUGACAGGUACCACUAAACUCCCUGAUGUACCUCUUUCAGACCAAGUGACAGGCACCACUAAACUCACAGUGAACUCCUGAACACUGAUUAACAUAGGUUUACCAUAUAGUAUCUACUAGAUAGUUUUGGUUCGGUAGGUGACUGAUUAAGACAACAUUGUUGAACAUCACAGGUUUUAGUGUGUUUUGAGUCAUCAGGGCUAAGUUAAGUUUGAGGAUUUGAGGAGUUUGAGGGUUGUGUUUAUCUCCUCUUCGGAACAAUGGUUAAUGUUUGAAUGCCUCUAGAAAUGGAGAGUGUGUUAAAUGGUUUCUGACAGAGACUAUGGCAGCUUCCAUGCAUGGGGGCUAUGGCUGUAGGUUUAUGACUGUGUCACUCUCUGUUUUACAAUACCCAAUAAUACAUACUACACAUGCACACAUGAAAAAAAAGCAUACACACAAUUCUGGAGUGUCCCCAGGGACAUUGAUCCACCUGUCCCCUACGGAAAAACAAGAUGGCUGCCUGUGUGUGUGUGUGUGUGUGUGUGUGUGUGUGUGUGUGUGUGUGUGUGUGUGUGUGUGUGUGUGUGUGUGUGUGUGUGUGUGUGUGUGUGUGUGUGUGUGUUUGUGUGACCAGGUUUCCAUCCAAACUGUUUAUGCAAGUAAAGUAAAUGUCAGAUAAAACAUUUCAUGACAGGAAUGAUGAAAACUUUCCAAAUGUCGACAAAACUAAAUACGCAAAAUGGGAUUAUUUUGGGUCAGUAAAAUUAAUUAUGUGAGAAAUGUCUGUUGACACACUUUAUGCCAAAAUAUGCACUGUUGGAAGUCAGAAGUUUACAUACACCUUAGCCAAAUACAUUUAAACUCUGUUUUUCACAGUUCCUGACAUAUAAUCAUUGUAAAAAUUCCCUGUCUUAG